CCAAAAUGACAUUUAAAUAUAAACAAACAAACAAAGAUGAUUUUUUAAAAAACUAGAUAAUUUAAAAUUAAAAUGCCUAUAAAUUAUAGUAAAUAAUGCCUGAAGACGACUGCUCAAUAUCCCAAAACUUAAUCGAAGAAAAAUUAACCAACCUAAACAAUUACUAUUUGCAACGAGGUCUCAGCCACGAAGAUCUUUUCAAUGUUGCCUUUCCUGAAACAGCAAGUAAACCUAAAAAAUCUUUGAAAACACAUAUAAUAAUUUACACUGCAAUAGCAACUUUACUUAUAUCUAUAUUAUACAACUGUAAUGCCUUUAGUUUCGUUUAUGGAAUCCGCUGCAUCAUACCAAACAAUUACUUUAUAUGGGAAGCCACUAGGCCCAUUUCAGAUUGUUCAUUUUGCUCAACCUUAACCGAAGCAAUCGAAUUAAGUAAUGUAACUAGGGAAGAGUUUGAGCCUUACGCAUACUCUUCAAAACCAAUAAUAGUUAGAGGAGCAUUUUUACAUUGGCCAGCAAUGAAGAAGUUCAGUUGGAAAUUUUUCAAAGAACUUUAUGCAAGCGUGGAAGGUUCUUAUAAGAGCGUAGACCAAGAGUGCCAAUUUUUACAUUUCAAGUCUGAUUUUAUUUCUAUUAGGGAUGUAUUUGCCAUGUCAGAGGCUAGAGUACAAAAUCUAGCAAAUGAGAAAAGCUGGUAUGUCGGUUGGGGCAAUUGCCAUCCGGUAAUUUUACAAGAAAUGAGGAAGUUUUAUCCUAAGCCGCAUUUUUUACCUGCAGACGCUGAAUUUCCUCAUAAGGACUACAUUUUUAUGGGGUUUGAUGAUGGAGCAACCAUGCAUUUGGAUUAUAUUAAUAGAUUAAUGUGGCAAGCUCAAUUACAAGGAUCAAAAAUUUGGAAGUUGGUACCUCCUCCCGAAUGCCAAAAGAUUUGCAAACCUGUUGAAUUUCAAAUUGGUCCAGGAGAUGCUGUAUUGCUCGACACUAGGGUUUGGUAUCAUGCCACUGCCAUACCUAAUAACCAAUUUAGUUUAUCUGUUCAAUCAGAAUACGGAUAGAAUUAUUCGAAUUUUAAAAAAACAUUUUGUAGCCAAAGUUAUUUGUUAAGUAUCUUUUUUUUUUUUAACUGGAUCUAGUCCAUAUACCUACCUAUGUACCUUUUUAUAUUAUUAUUUAUUUUCAAUAGUAUACUUUUACUAUACCUACUUAGUUACCUAGUGAAUUAAAGUUAUGUAGUGCCAUUUUUGCCAUUUUGUUACUAAAAUUAAUUAUUGUAUUAUUUAUUUUAAUAUUAUAUGUUUUUAUAUUUUAAAAAGGUAUUUUGCAUUUAUACAAUAUCACUUAUUGCCCAAUAUUUUUAACCUGAUUUUCUCUCAAUUCUCUUAAAUUUCUCUUUUCAAUUCUUGUUUAUUCCUGGCUCCUCCUUCACUUAUCUCCAUUUCUCAUUUUGUCGGUCUCAGUUUUUCUGUAUUCCAGGUUUUUGAAUCUUCUUACUGUUUUUCUUCUAGAACAAGGAAAAUUCUAGAACCA